AUGGAAAACAACGAAGCCAACAACAACGCGAGCAUCGUCUCGGUGGAUAGCAUAAACCAGAUGGCCAGCUGGGUCAGCACUACUGUGAUCUCCGCCUUCUUCUCCUCUCUGGAGCGCUUCUCCUGCGUCAAUAUCCAAACCGCCGAUCACGACGACGAUGACGAUGAAGCCGACGUCCGCCCCCUCAGAAUGUUGUCAACUGCCUCCCGCGACACCACCGACGAGCUCCCGGUUUGA